AUGGCCAGCCUCCAGCACACCAAAAAAACCUACACCCUGAACACCGGGGCCAAGAUCCCCGCCAUUGGUCUGGGAACCUGGCAAUCCAAGCCCAACGAAGUGCGUGAAGCCGUGAAGAAUGCUCUCCUGAAGGCUACCGCCACAUUGACACGUACUGCCCUCGCCUACGGUAACGAAGCCGAAGUCGGCCAAGGCAUCAAGGACUCCGGCGUGCCGCGCGAGCAGAUCUGGAUCACCACCAAGCUGGACAACACCUGGCACCACCGCGUGUCCGAGGGCAUCGAGUCGUCCCUGAAGGACCUGGGCGUGGAGUACGUGGACCUCUACCUCGUGCACUGGCCCAGCAGCACCGACCCCAACGACAAGUCCAAGCACCUCCCGGACUGGGACUUCAUCAAGACAUGGCAAGAGGUGCAGAAGCUCCCCGCCACCGGCAAGGUCCGCAACAUUGGGGUCUCGAACUUCGGCAUCAAGAACCUCGAGAAGCUCCUCAAUGACCCCAGCACGAAGAUCGUCCCCGCCGUCAACCAGAUCGAGCUGCACCCCAACAACCCCUCCCCCAAGCUGGUGGCCUACAAUACCUCCAAGGGCAUUCACUCGACCGGGUACUCUUGUCUCGGGUCGACCAACUCGCCUCUGUACAAGGACCCGACGCUGCUGCAGCUUGCCGAGAAGAAGGGUAAGACCCCCCAGCAGUGUCUGCUGCAGUGGGGUAUCCAGAAGGGGUGGAGUGUGAUCCCGAAGUCGGUGAGCAAGGAGCGCAUUGAUGCGAACUUUGAGCUGGAUGGAUGGAACCUGACCGAUGAGGAAGUCGCUCAGCUCGAUAACUUGAAGGAUCGGUUUAAGGUCUGCGGUGAUAGCUGGCUUCCUAUCAAGGUCUUCUUUGGUGAUGAUGAGUAG